AUGUCCGAGCAGGAGGUACCUCCCUCUAUUGCGCAACGUAUUGUUAUAAAGUUUUUAGCUGCAGAAGGUGUAAAACCGGCCGAAAUCUUGAGAAGAUUGACUGCACAGUUCGGGGAAAAGACGCUGUCACGAGCUAGAGUGUUUGCUUGGCAUAAACAGUUCGUGGAGGGCCGUGAACGUGUUGAAAAUGAGAGCCAUGACCGCACACCCCGCACCAGCAUUACAGCGGGCAACAUCGACAGUGUUCGUCAACUUGUUGAAGGUGAUAGGCGUCUAACAACUUCGGAUAUACUCUCAGAGGAGCUAGGUUAUCGCAAGGUGUGUGCCAGGUGA